AUGGACGGACAGGGUGGGUCGGCAAACAACUCGAGCGACUUCGUGCGCAAGCUGUAUAAAAUGCUGGAAGAUCCUACGUACUCUUCGGUGGUACGUUGGGGCGAUGACGGUGACAGUUUUGUGGUGCUGGAGAACGAAAAGUUCACCAAGUCAAUUCUCCCCAAACACUUCAAACACUCCAAUUUCGCCAGUUUCGUCCGGCAACUGAACAAAUAUGAUUUCCAUAAAGUGCGACAGAACAACGAGGACGGUGCAGCGUCCAUGUAUGGCGCCAACGCGUGGGAAUUCAAACAUCCAGAGUUCCGGCAGCACAACAAGGAAAGUCUGGACAACAUUCGACGAAAGGCUCCGGCACCUCGAAAGCCGUCGGGUCUCAAUGACGAACAAAUCCCCAUCCAACAGAUAGACCUGAUGAACCAACAAAUUGUCGCACAGGCACAGCAAAUAGAGAGCCUCGUGGCGUGUAACAAUUCACUUCAAUCCCAGUAUCAGAUGAUGGCGGUUGAAGUCGUCCGACUCCAAAAAACGGCCGUCAACCAUGAAAAGAUCAUGCAGGAUGUCAUGGUAUACUUGCAAUCCAUCGAUGCGAAGCAGCGGAGAGACAGUAAGCAGCUAUUUGCUCCACCAUCGGACUCGACACAAACAGGCACCACCUUGACUCCUACGAGCCAGAGUUUGCCUCCUCAGGAUGACGACACCCCAGCGUCGCCCUUACAGCAUGCUGCGAAGCUUUUGAGCGACAUCAACGCCGAUGGGCAAUUCAACAUCGCAGGCCUCGAACAAAUGCACGCAAACAUCCAUACCCCGCCGGCAGGACAGGACCUUCGAAUUGGGCAGUUUCACGGGCCUAAUUCUGCUCCUCCGAGUGGAAGCAUGGGGUUUUCCAAAAUCAAUCCAGCCGAAUUGGAGACGGUGGUAUACCCAAUGGGGCAAACCAAUGGCAUUGAUCCUAUGUCUAGCGAGUACAUUCAUAAUAUCCCUUACCCAUUGCCACCAAGAGACGGUUCAGAUCCGCGGGCACAGUUCGCUGACACGCGGAAGAAGAGCGGGUUACCGGAUCCUGGCUGGACUCGACCGCCGCGGAUUCUCUUGGUCGAAGAUGAUCCGACCUGCCGGCAGAUUGGUGGCAAGUUCUUGAACUCGUUCUCUUGUGUCGUCGAUUCCGCACUCGACGGACUGGAGGCCGUCAACAAGAUACAACAGGGAAACAAAUAUGAUAUGAUUUUGAUGGACAUCAUCAUGCCCAACUUGGAUGGUGUUUCGGCCUGUCAUAUCAUCCGCCAGUUUGACCGGACGCCGAUCGUGGCGAUGACGUCGAACAUUCGAUCUGACGACAUUCAGAUGUACUUCCAUCACGGCAUGGACGAUGUUUUGCCUAAGCCGUUCACGCGCAAAUCACUGCUUAUGCUGUUGGAGAAACACUUGAUGCAUCUAAGGAUGAUGCCGCCAGGGAUGGAUCCCCAGCCAAUGUCAGCGACGUCUGCACCGUCAGGCGCAGCAUCGUCAACGGCGCACUCUGUCCGAGACGACAUGUCGGCGGGGGCUUCCCCAGCGGGAUCAAGUGGCACGUGGAACUCCCCCAGCCAAUACUCCGGAGUCUCACCCGUCAAUCCCAAUAUGCAUUAUACCAAUAUGGCGCAACAGCAGCACUAUGUCGAUGCCAAUGGAAACCCAACAACCUUUCAAGCCGGACCACAGACGCCUGUGGGGAUAAGGGGUCCCGGAAUGGUUGCGCAGCAACAACAACAACAGCAGCAGCAACAGCAACAACAACAACACGCACACAGAAGAGUUCAUUCAGAGAUGGGUGGAGGCUCGGAUAUGGGAAACUCGAAUAAACGCCAACGUCUAUUCCCACCCCAACAACAACCGAUGGCCGCCCCGAUGCGGCAAUGA